CAGGUAAUUGCGCAACCUAACUCCUCCGGAAGCUGGUAUAUAAAGGCAUCAGGUUCCCUCAGUGUACCCUCCCCCAGUUUGAGAGAUAGUUCAAGCGCUCAACAGGACUCAACAGCAUCCAACAACACUCAAUCCCAACAAUGAAGUUCCAACUACUUGCAGCGUUUGCUCUCUUCUUUGGUAUACAACAUACCCCACUAUAUCUUUCCCCCCUCCCCCCCUCUCCCUUCCAGACAAUCUCUAACAAAAACCCUACCAGCUCUUUCCCUCUCUGCCCCCGUCGCCCAAUCCGAGCAAUACCCCGAUUCAUACCCCGUCUGCUCCGCUGGCGAAGGAGCCCUAGUUGCAGACUGCCGCGAAGCGCUUAAACAGAUCCCCACCGACUGGCCACGCCCAUGCACUCUGCAAAUAAGCACAUUCUUCAUUGCUGCCACUGUGGGGACAUGCCGCAUAACAACCUGGGAUCAGUCCGCGGCGCACUGCUUGGAGGGGCUUAAGAUUCUUGCGGCGGCGGAGGAGAUUAUUUCGAAAUGCGGGAAGGACUAUGGGGCUAGGGCCGCUGGGAAGGCAGCUUUCCCAGGGACUUAUGGUAAAACUGGGGUUGAAAUUGUUCCGGUUUCGUACGCGCCAUAGAUAGGGAAUUCUCUUGUUUGGAAUUGGGUGGGAAAGGGGUGGGAAUUUUUGGGGGUUUUUUUGGAUGGAAAUGGGAUGAUUUUGGAGCUAUAAUGAAAUCAAUUUAUGAGCCACCUAUGAUAAACU